UUUCGAAAAAAAAAUAAAACUAAAGUGAUUAAUUAAUUUACAUUAAAGAGUCUAUAAGUGCAGAGACACUGCUCUACGCAAUCAUUGUCGGGUUUCUUUCUAAUCUCUCUUUCUCUCCGGUGCUGAAGAAAUCUCUUAUCCUGAAUAAAGCAAUGAGUUAGAGAGAUUUGGUUUGGUUGAUGAUGGGUUUUGUGUAUUUACAGCCACGGAUAGAGUUGGAACUGCAUUAUCUAGAUUUACGGAAUUUAAGUUGUUUAGAGUGGUAAAUGGGAGUCCAUUAUAAGAUGGAGGACUAGGAAUUUGUGUAAUGGUGUGUUUGUAGAGAAACAUGGAUUUUCAGAGUAAUUCUCAGCCUGAAUAUGGACGGUUUGAACAAAUAGUUUCGCAGUUUCUUCUGAAAAGCUUGCAUAUUGUAUUGGACUCUAGGGUUCCUUCGAUUCGGCCCCAUCGCAGUGGUGAUGCGUCGUCUGGUGCUGUUCAAGCGAAAAGGAGUGACAAGUGGUUCGGUUUAGUACUAGGAGACCGUCCUGCUUCUUUAGAUAAUUUGAAUUUCUGGCACAGAAAUUUAAUGGAGCCGAUGAUAAUUGACAUAAUACUUGUCCAAGAAGGGCCGAAUCUCUCAUCCGUGCACAAUUCAUGUAGUAAUUUAGGAAUGGGGAAAAGUGUUGAGACGGUUAUAGAGAGGUGGACUGUUCAAUAUGAGUAUAUCAGGACAAUGCAUACUCAAUUUGGGGAAUCUUCUGCUUCUUACAAGAAAACUUAUAAGAAAUUGAUCAUACUUUUACGUUCUCUUUAUUCAAUGAUGAGGCUCCUUCCUGCACACCGGGCCUUUCGGAAGCUUACUUCGUCAAGCCAGGCUUAUGAUUUUGAUAUCAACUACAAGGUUUCUUCAUUUAGUGCUCCUUUUUCGAGGGCAGAGGAGGGACUGAUGAAGCCACGCCCUGUCCUCUCUGUAGAUGCUCCCCAAGGUCGUCUCUCCAUAUCUGUGACAUAUCGUGAAAGUCUGUCUGAUUUCAACCUUGAGACUUCUGCCUUGUUCCCAGCACAGAUUAUUACAGAUUAUGUUGGUAGCCCUGCCACUGACCCUCUCAGGGCUUUCCGCUCCACUGGAAAGAGUGUCCAAGCUACAUCCUUUCAAUUGAGAGAGACAAGACCACCUUCUUCAGCACCAUUUCAGCGCCCGCACAGCUGGACAAGUGGCCUGAACUGGGGAAGUCCUUUAGCACAGAAUCAACCUCUUUAUGGAUCUCCACCUGCCCGUCGAACAUCUACUGUAUCAUAUGAUUUUACACCUUCACCUACUGAUACAUACAGUCAAAAAUCGUAUAGACUUCCAACUCAUCAUAACGCAACCAGUUUUGAUGAAUACCAGCUUUCACCCCCAUUUUCAUCGUCUCCUUCCCCAUCUCCCCCAACAUACCUUUCUAGAGGUAAUCCUAUGCAAACUCGUCCGCAUUCAGAGACUGCCCCUUUAAGUAUCCCACAUCCAAUGAUGGGCAGAAGUCCUAGAUACCUUUCUCCCAAUUUUUCUGAUCCAAAUAGACAUUCUCUUCCACCUUUAUCCCCAAAAAGUACAAGGCCUGAUCCUUCAUCACAGGACUCCCCAUCUGGAAGCAGGUUGUUUAAGAUAUCAGAAUCACUAAGAGCUGGGGAGCUGAAUUCUGGAAUCGCAAAUCACUAUUAUAGUCAGAAGAUGUUAAAAGAUAGCAAAGAUGAUUCUGGACGAUUCUCAGGAUUGCUAUCUUCAAGUGGUUCACCACGUAUUGGAUUCUCAAGAAGCUCUAGUAGAUUAUCUUUUCAAGAUGACUUGGAUGAUUGUGACUUCUCUUGUCCAUUUAUUGUUGAUGAUGUUGAUACAUCAGAUUCCCCUUUCAGUCAGAAUCUUGAUGAGAAAAAGGCUUCAGAAUUUACUUCACAACCAUUCACAGCAGUUCGAAAAUCACAAGAUGCUGCUGUUGGUGCGCUGGUUCACAUGCUAAGGACAGCACCUCCUCUGCGUCAAGAUUCAAGUUAUUACUCGCCUCAUGCCUCAAAGAUUGAACCUGAGGGAGAAGUUGGUGCAACUUCUAGCUUCUUUUUACCUCGUAAGACAUCUGAUGCACUCGAGGAGCUCAGGCGUUUCAGAGAGAUGAAGGACCUGCUACUCUCCAAGAGCCGAACUUGGGUAGACGGCAAAGAAGCAGCUUAGUUCUGCUCUGCUUUUGUGGAGUAAUCUUUGUGUGCGAACAAUGAGAUCCGAAGAAGAUAAGAUGGGUCGCUGCUGAUCGGUUCUAGAUACCGGAGCACCACAACCACAACAUUCGUGUAACAUGUUCUGAAUACACCUGUUCUAAGAGAGGACUAACAAGUCGUGUACAUGUAAUGGCUGAAAUUCUCAUGUUAUAUGCUGAAAGAAGUUUAUAGCUUCUGAGUCUUCUUCUUUGUGCUUUUUGACACUGGGAGAUUUCUGUAUAUAUAUAUAAUACGAUUAUAUAAUCGAGGCAAAUAAAGUGUAUAUGAAUAUAUGAAACAACUGGUACAAAUGGAUGUUUCUUUACAUGUAUGAUACAUGAAAUUACCGA